AUGGGUCUUCUGCGGCAGGGCCCUUGGGCUCUUCAAGGAUUUUUGAAUUUUGUUUUUCGGACUGGAGCCUGGGUAGUCCUAUGUCAGCAAAAAGCCAGGACCAAUGAUGACGAGUUCUCGCCGGAAGUGAAUUUUCUUAUCGAAUUGCGUUACCGACGGCCUGCAGAGGUGGUCUCUUUCGCAUGGCCUGAGGCCAAGCAAGACAUCGAAUGUGUGCAUGGAAAGUGGGGAGAUGCUCCUCUUCCCAUGGCGUCUAGAGCGCUUGUCCGUGCUCCAUUGCUCACAGUUCCCUGCAAUUCUAGCCACUUGUGGGCUGGCGCAGAGGCUUCUGGUGGUCCCCGGGAGCAAUAG